AUGAGUUCUAGAACUUUUAAAAAACAUGCAAACGAAAAAUUAAAUACAAACACUGCUAAUAAACGAGGUCACAAAAAGAAGGAAGUGGUUACUUCUUUAUCUUUAAAUAAUAACGAUGAUUCUUUAGAUAGCGUCGAUAACUCAAAAAGCAAAAAAUCAAAAAAAUCACAUACUGCUAGUUACGAAAAGAAUGAUGCAACUGUUACUUUACAUAAAAAAAUCAAGAUACAGUUACUUCAUGAAAUUGAAGAGACAGAAUCUUCUCAAUCUCAUAUUAGAUCAAAAGCUAUUAUUUCAGAUGAUUUUAAUAGUACAUUAAUCUCGGCACCUUUAAGACCUUCAGUAACAAGAGCUAUAAGCAUUCAUACUAUGAGCAUUCUUAAUGAUGACUUUAUUCCUUUUAAUGGAUCUGCAUCUCACUCUCUUAUACCUGCAUCUUCGGGAUCAUUACAAGCACUUAAUUCAGAUAAUUCAUUCAUGCUAAACACUCCCAAUAUUCCAUCAACAUUUAAAGAAAUGACAAUUUAUCAACUAUGUCAGUGGCUAUGCAAAAAUCAAAAUGUUUUACAACUUGUAAAUACAAUUCAGAAUGAUAAAAUAAAAGCUGGUCAUGAUUUUCUGGAAGAACUAAAAUCUGAUGGUAUAGAAUGGUUGAGAGUCAGAAAUAGGCAUUUUGGUGACUUUCGAAAUAAACUACUUGAUGGAACAGAGGAUUUGAUCGAAUUAUUUAAAGCAACAAA